GGAUGAGGAAAAGUCCGCAUGUUGAUUGAGCGCGAGGAGGAAAAUCAGCGCGAUCAGUUCUACUUUGUCCACCGGCCGUUGAUGAUCGCGAUCUUUGGCGUAAAACUACGCACACGGAAAGAUUUAUUGCAAAUUAAUUCCCUUUUUUGUGUGCUAUGUGAUGCACUUAAUCACCUCGCGGACAGUGAAGUGAAUAAAGAAGCACAAAAUCUCUCGCUUGAUAAAAUCGGCGUGAUUUGAGUUUUCGCAGCUUAUUCCGCAUGGUUCAAGACUUAAAACUCACAAUUGUGUCGCGCACUGCAGAGAAUUAACACCUCUAGAAUUCAUCAGUUCUUCUCACGACGCCUCGCAAAAUCAUCUUCCCUUGGGCCAAUUUAAGUGGCGUCGUGUUAAAUAGCGAGAAAUUCCAGUGUAAUUCGGCAGUACCAUAAAGUUCUCGUGUAUUUUUAUUGGUUUAGUGGUUGAUGAGCAGACGACACAAUAGGCGAGAGAUUGUGAAAUAUUUAUAUAAUUCCUCACGCGAGUGCCAAUCUUGCUCCAGAGAGAUCUUUUGUGUGAUACUAAUUCGCGUGCUCCGUGACCUCUCAGUGAUGCCUAAUCUCCCGUAAACUAUAAUAACUGCUGCUGCUGCUGUUUUUUCGGAGCCUAAUGAGCAAUUUGGCGAGUGUCCAAGGAGAAACAGGCGUAAAAAUCGCAAGAUAUUCUAUCAGUUCAAUUUGUCGUAUUGAGCAAUCGAGCAGAUUCGAAGGCUCAUGGGAAGACACCUUAAUUCACUUAAUUAUCGUAACAUCCCGUCAUAAAACGCCAUUAACCAGCCUUUGGACACGGUUUUUAUCGGCGCCGUAAAUAAAAAGUGCAACAAGAUGAAAAUCUCAUGGUCUCUGCUCACAAUUUCCAUCUUAAUAAUUGUCACACCCGCUGUGAACGGUCAAGUCACAUCGCUAGACUCAGGACCACUCUUGCAAUUCUUCCGUCACGCCAGACAAUUCCUCUAUGACUUCAUGGAGGGCUCGACAAACCAACAGCAGCAUCUCAAGAGGAACAUUCAAGAGCAAACCGUCCAGCGGCAGGUGAACAGCGAGGAGAAUUUCAUCUGUGAUACCCAAGGACCAGGAAGACGCAGUGAUCAAGUGCCAGAGUCUGUCCACAAGCUGCGACCGGGCGACAUUGACAUCAUCGGAGCCAUCGGCGACUCUCUGACUGCCGGUCUGGGUCUUCUUGCCACCAAUGUCCUCGAGGUCUUCACGGAGAACCGCGGCGCCCAGAUGACCGGCGGCGGACAGGGCACGUGGCGUCAGUUCCUCACCAUUCCCAACAUCCUUAAAGAGUUCAAUCCCAAACUGUACGGCUACACGGAGCGCAACAGUCUCUCCACCCACCGAGCGUCCAAAUUCAAUGUUGCCGAAGGCGGUGCAAUGUCGAGGGACACGCCACAUCAAGCGCGAAAUCUGGUGCUGCGAAUGAAGAGUGACCCAAAUGUCGACAUGGAGAAGCACUGGAAGUUCGUGUCGUACUUUAUCGGUGGCAAUGACUUUUGCCUGGACAUGUGUUACGAUGCACCUGAGAAGAUUGUCGAAAACCACGACCGGGAAUUAACUGAUGUAUUGAGGACACUCAGGGAUAAUCUGCCUCGAACAAUGGUGUCAAUCAUUCUCGCUCCGUCAAUUAGAAUCCUAAUGGACACUGUUGGUGAACCUCCUGAGUGUGUUUCGACACACUACUUGGAGUGUCCUUGUUUCUACUCCCUCCACAACAAGCCGCACCGAAACAGAUUCCUUCGCGUCAUUGAGGACUUCAAGAAGCGCCAGUGGGUGGUGGCCAACAGGGAUGAGUUCCACAAUAAGACAGACUUCACAGUCAUCGUGCAGCCCUUCACGGACAAAAUGACCAUUCCGCGGAAGAAGAACGGCCUCACGGACUUCACGUACAUGUCCAGGGAUUGCUUCCAUCUCUCGCAGAAGGCUCAGGGACAGGCGGCGAACGCCUGCUGGAACAACAUUCUUGAGCCGUACGGCAAAAAAUCCCACACGUGGACGAAGAUAUUCGAGAACUUCAAGUGUCCCACUGAAGAACGCCCUUACUUAGCCACGAGAUUUAAUUAAGUGCCAAUUAAGAAUGCCAGUACCAGAGUCUCUCUUCCUACAACCAUGCCAUUUAAGAUGAAUUUAAGUAUUUUUUUACAAACAGAAUACGCUUGAUUAGGUAAUUGAUUAGGUGUGAAGGAAAUUAGAUAAUAAAUGUAGACUUUUUAU